UACCCUGUUCCUGUUGUUAUUUCUAUCUGGAAGUGUAAACAGGAGGCUGGCUGUAAAUGUCUAACCUGGAUCCCAUCUGUCUCCUGCCUCAGAACAUCAAAAGAUUAUUGCUAAUCACAAGGAACAGAUGCCUCAGGUCAAUGAUUGGAGUGCUUUCCUACGUAUGGGAAGAUGCAAGAAUCUGGGUUCACAGAAAUUAUGUCUUAGAAAUGCAUCUUAACCAUCUAAUGCCAAUAUCCAAAGCGCAGAAUGCCUCCUGUUUUUCCCCAUCCUGAAUUACCCUCAGGGAGCACUGUGGGCUGCUGUAGCUAACGGCUGGAUCCUUGUAGAACUGGGAUGGUGGGCAACAUUGUUCACUGGAAUGGCAGGCAAAAUUCCCUGUCCACAAGCACUUAUAUGAAUUAAGGAUUCCUAAAACUCUCAGAAAUAUAAAAACUAACCCAAAUGUUUUUCAAGUUCAUGUGAUCUGAGGUAAUCUUUGGCAAAUAAAAGCUAGUUUAAGUUUGCUGGUUUAAUUAAAAUAGGUAUAUCUUCAGAGUUAUCAUUAAAAAUAAUGCAGACAUACAACUUUUAUUCCACCUGAGUACACUAGCUGAAUAAGUUCAUGUUGUUUCUGUUACCAAAUUUGUUAUCAAGAAAAACAACUUGGUAUGAUGAAAUUUUCAUGUUAAGAACAAGUGAAUUGGGACUUCCCUGGUGGUCCAGUGGUUAAGAAUCUGUCUUGCAAUGCAGGGGAUGCUGGUUCGAUCCCUGGUUGGAGAACUAAGAUCCCACUUGACGCAGGGCAACUAAGCCCGCGUGCUGCAACUACAGAGCCUGUGUGCUCUGGAGCCUGUGCGCCACAAGUAGAGAGAAGCCUGCACCCCGUAAUGAAAGAUCCCGUUUGCCGCAACUAAGAUCCAACGCAGCCAAAAAUCAAAAAAAAAAAAAAAAGAACAAGUGAAUUAAAUAGACGUAAAUGGGAUAAGAGUCUUUAGGUAAACACUUCAGCAAUUAUUUUAUUUUAUGGCAUGUCUACUUAAGUAGUUUCCAAAAUCUUUCUGGUUACUUGAAACCUUAAAGUUAUACUGAGAUAAGUUAAAUAAUGGACAUUUAUUAAAUAUUUAGAUCAUUUUCAAAUAAAAUAAAAUACUGAAACAUUAAUCACUGAACACAAGUUGUUUUUUUUUUUUUUUGUGGUACGUGGGCCUUCCUCUGUUGUGGCCUCUCCCGUUGCGGAGCACAGGCUCCGGACGCGCAGGCUCAGCGGCCAUGGCUCACGGGCCCAGCCGCUCCGCGGCAUGUGGGAUCCUCCCAUACCGGGGCGCGAACCUGGUUCCCCUGCAUCGGCAGGCGGACGCGCAACCACUGCGCCACCAGGGAAGCCCCUGAACACAAGUUAAUCCACUUUUGGUUUCCUUUUACAAAAAAAAAAAAAAAAAGACCCUAAAUAUAUUUAGGUCUAUUAGUAAAAAUAUUUUCUGCUAUAUUGGAAAAUUUUCCAAGGUGAGGAAGAAUGUACUCCUAGAAAUUAUGGAAUGUAUUUAUCUCUGCCAAUCCACAGAAUGCUAGUGUAAGAGACUGUCCACGAUUACUCACUUCUUAGUUUUCACUAGAAAUUAAGGAUUCUAAGGGUUAAGAAUUCUAAUUAACAUAUGUAAUUGAAACUACUUAGAAAUAAUAAGGGUGAAAGGAAACAACUGUGUAUGAAAAGUAGGUAAAGAAAGUAGAUGGACUUCCCUGGUGGUGCAGUGGUUAAGAAUCCACCUGCCACUGCAGGGGACACAGGUUCGAUCCCUGGUCUGGGAAGAUCCCACAUGCCGCAGAACAACUAAGCCCGUGCGCCACAGCUACUGAGCCUGCUCUCUAGACCCCGUGAGCCACAGCGACUGAGCCCAUGUGCCACAACUACUGAAGCCCACACGCCUAGAGACCAUGCUCCGCAACAAGAGAAGCUACCGCAAUGAGAAGCCCCUGCUUGCCAUAACUAGAGAAAGCCCAUGCAGCAACAAAGACCCAAUGCAGACAAAAAUAAAUAAAUAAAAAUAAAUUUAUAUUAAAAAACCCCAAUAGUAUGCUCUAUAUUAUGCAUUCUCAACAGGGGCAAUAUCAACUCCACCCCCCCAAACUGGGCAAAAAUUGGUUCUUGGAUAUAGGCCAAGAAACCUUACAUUUCAAUGGGAUGGAUUUCAUGACCUUAAGAAAGACAUUCUGGGGUUGUAGGAAUACAACCCUCCGCCCCCCCCCCACCCCCCGCCCCAUUGGAUUUAUAAUUUUAAGCUUUUUAGGUAUAUGUCCUAGGAAAGAGAGGUGUUGGCUGGAUCAAACGAUAAAUCUUUUGGCAGUUUUGAGCUUUCACAGGCAGGCCAUUUAAGGUGGGCAGGUACUCUGGGGACACUGCCUUAAGCUGUUAAAAACCAUGCCAAAAUUUGGUCAAGUCACUUAGUGCAGGGGUUUCAAUGGAGUCCUUCUGAGAGUUUUUGGAGUUCUCAAUAUGCAAGCUGAAUUGUUUAGGGGUGAAGUGCACUGAUAUCUUCAAUUUAUCUUGCAAUGCAUGACAAAUAAGAUGGAUUGCUGCAUGCAUACAUUAACCACCAUAUGAUAAAGUAAAUAUAACGAAUGUUACUUGUAGAAUCUAGUCUGUCCCCAGUCCCCCAUUAGAAUGUGAGCUCCCGGAGGGCAGGGACUUUUUCGGCCAGGCACAGGGUAAGCAGUCAGUAAAUAUUUGUGGAGCGAAUACGUGCAAAGCACUAAGAAUAAGGAAGCGCUCAGUAAGCGGAAGCGUUCAUGAGUCUGUUGUUGCGGAAAACCCGCAAGUUCCGGCCUUGGAAGUGAGGCCGAGUGUGCGCGCGCACGCCCGGCGUGGUCGCUCUGGCCGCCUGUCGCCUCGGCUCUGUGGUGGGUCCUCCGGGCCGCAGAGCAUGCGCAGGGCAGCGCCUGCGGGGAUCGCUAUGGCAGCGGCGUCACGGUGGGUUGGGCCUCUGCGCUGGCACCCUGGCAGGGCCGCCUCAGCCGCCGCCAGCACCAUUUCUCCUCUGGAAUGAGCGGGGUCUCCCGCCGCCUCUCGCUGCGCCCCCCGCCGCUGCCGCCGCAUCCGGACUGUGGGCCCGCUCCGGGAUCAUGCCCCUGACCGCCUACUGCUACCUGCGUGUCGUGGGCAGGGGCAGCUACGGGGAGGUGACGCUCGUGAGGCACCGACGGGACGGCAGGCAGUAUGUCAUCAAAAAGCUGAACCUCCGAAAUGCCUCCAGCCGAGAGCGGCGAGCUGCUGAACAGGAAGCUCAGCUCUUGUCUCAGUUGAAGCAUCCCAAUAUUGUCACCUACAAGGAGUCGUGGGAGGGAGGGGAUGGUCUGCUGUAUAUCGUCAUGGGCUUCUGUGAAGGAGGUGAUCUGUACCGAAAGCUCAAAGAGCAGAAGGGGAUGCUUCUGUCCGAGAGUCAGGUGGUGGAGUGGUUUGUUCAGAUCGCUAUGGCUCUGCAGUAUUUACAUGAAAAACACAUCCUUCACCGAGAUCUAAAAACUCAAAAUGUCUUCCUAACAAGAACAAACAUCAUCAAAGUGGGUGACCUAGGAAUUGCCCGAGUGCUUGAUAACCACUGUGACAUGGCUAGCACCCUCAUUGGCACACCCUACUACAUGAGCCCUGAAUUGUUCUCAAACAAACCCUACAACUAUAAGUCUGAUGUUUGGGCUCUGGGAUGCUGUGUUUAUGAAAUGGCCACCCUGAAGCAUGCUUUCAAUGCAAAAGACAUGAAUUCUUUAGUUUAUCGGAUUAUUGAAGGAAAGCUGCCACCAAUGCCGAAAGAUUACAGCCCAGAGCUGGCAGAAAUAAUAAGAACGAUGCUGAGCAAAAGGCCUGAAGAAAGACCUUCUGUGAGGAGCAUCCUAAGGCAGCCUUACAUAAAGCGCCAAAUAUCCUUGUUUUUGGAGGCCACGAAGGCAAAAACUUCCAAAAAUAAUAUUAAAAAUGGUGACUCUAAAUCCAAGCCUGUGGCUACAGUGGUUUCUGGAAAGGCUGAAUUAAGUCAUGAAACCGUUCCCCCUCAACCACACUCUUCUGAGGGCUCCAAGACAUAUGUAAUGGGUGAAGACAAAUAUUUGUCCCAGGAGAAACCCAUAGUCAUUGGCCCCUUGAAGACACCCGCAAGUCUGAAAGGCCACACCUACAAACCAGACAUAAGCAAUACCGCAGAAUCGCUAGCCACAAUCAGUAGGGUGAAUAUUGACAUCUUACCUGCAGAAAGGAGGAACUCAGUGAACAACAGCUUAGUUCAAGAGAAUAAACGAAGACACUUAGAUGCCUCUAAUGAGCUAGAAGGUAAAUGUAUUAUUUCUCAAGUGAAAGAGAGGCUGCAGGAUAACACUAAAUCCAGUGCUCAACCUGGAAACCGAAUUCCCACAUGGUCCAUUGACUAUGUCAUUGGAGAAAGGAAUGACCCAGUGAAGCCUCUGCAGCCCCUAAACAAAGACCAAAAUUUAUCAAAGGACCAGGAUCAAGUUGCUGCUGAAUGUGUUAUAGAAAAACAGGACAGAAUCCACCCAGCUUUACAGCCACACAGCUCUGGAUCUGAACCUUUCCUGUCUCAACAGCGGCGGCAGAAGAAAAGAGAACAUACUGAGCAUAGUGGGGAAAAGAGACAGUUCCAAGAGACUCCUCCUCGUCUUUUGCCUUCUCUUUCUACUGUUGGAAAAGUGGAUGUCACAUCAACACAAAAAGAUGCUGAAAACCAAAGUAGAGUGGUCACUGGGUCUGUGAGCAGUUCGAGGAACAGUGAGAUAUCAUCAUCAAAGGACCGACCAUUAUCAGCAAGAGAAAGGAGGCGACUAAAGCAGUCACAGGAAGAGAUCUUCCCCUCAGGCCCUUCGGUGAGGAGAGUUUCUCUGAGUCCAGCCGGGCCAGGGAAACCACAAGAGGAAGGCCACCCUACCCCUGCUCAAUGGUUGUCUUCUGACCACAGCGUUGCUCAGAAAAGGAAACUCACCCAUUGUCUCUCUGAGGAUGAGUUAAGUUCUUCUACAAGUUCAACUGAUAAAUCAAAUGGGGAUUUCAAGGAAGGGAAAGGUCAUACAAAUGAAAUGAGUGACUUGGUACAACUGAUGACACAGACCCUGAAGUUGGACUCUAAAGAGAGCUAUGAAGAUCUCCCGGUACCAGAGCCAGUGUCAGAAUUUAAACUUCAUCGGAAGUAUCGGGACACGCUGAUACUUCAUGGGAAAGUUGCAGAGGGGGCGGAGGAACUCGAUUUUAAAGAGCUACCUUCAGGUGCUAUCGUGCCAGGUUCUGAAAAAAUCAGAAGAAUAGUUGAAGUCUUGAGAGCUGAUGUAAUUCGGGGCCUGGGGAUUCAGCUUUUAGAGCAGGUGUAUGAUAUUUUGGAAGAGGAGGAUGAAUUGGAAAGAGAGGCAAAAUCUGGGAGCACAGCUCGGGAGCUGGGAGUGGGAACAGUAGCUUGCUUGUCUCUGAGUGAUACCCCCACUUUGGAAGCUCAGAGGGGGUGAGAAGCAGUAGCAUCUGGUCUUCUUGGCAUGCUUCACCCAGCAUGGAAACUUCACUUUAUGGUCUGGCACAAAGGUGAUUGGGGUCCCCGUAUUUUCAGUGGCCCUGUACCCAAGAUAGAGCCUCUAUACUACAUGUCUGAGCUGGGCAUAAAAAAGAAGCUCCCACCUCUUGGCUGCACUCUCCCAAAGCUUACUGUCACCAUCAGGUAUUGGGGGCAGGAUGAAAUAUGCCGAUGUCCUGCACCUCCCAGGAAGACAGCCUUCCAACUAGGAGUUGGGGGAAAGAAGUUUCUUGACUUCACCAGUGUAGUGAAGUUUUUGUCUCACUGAGCUGGAGUGGGGAGGGAGACAUUUCAUUUUAAUUCAGUUCACUGACCCUCAUUGUUCUUAGUAGCUUUACUGUUUUUAACUGAGUUUUAGUAGAUUUUUUUGAAAAAAAAAAAAAAGGGUCCCUAUUUGCUGUAUGCCCUUAUGACCAUUUCCAGAGACUUUAAAUGGUUGGAUUUUUUUUUUUUUUAACAUCUUUAUUGGAGUAUAAUUGCUUUACAAUGGUGUGUUAGUUUCUGCUUUACAACAAAGUGAAUCAGUUAUACAUAUACAUAUGUUCCCAUAUCUCUUCCCUCUUGCAUCUCCCUCCCUCCUACCCUCCCUAUCCCACCCCUCUAGGUGGUCACAAACCACCUAGCUGAUCUCCCUGUGCCAAGCGGCUGCUUCCCACUAGCUAUCCACCCUACGUUUGGUAGUGUAUAUACGUCCAUGCCACUCUCUCACUUCGUCACAGCUUACCCUUCCGCCUCCCCAUAUCCUCAAGUUAAAUGGUUGGUUUUUAAAGUAUUUUUACCAGUUUCACUGAAGAGGGGUCUGCAGAGCUUCUCAUGCUGUCAUGCUGGAUGUGGAACCAAUUAGGAUUA